AUGGGACUGUACAGAGAAUUACCCGAUGACAUCCAGACUGUGGACGCCAUCAUCGCGGGUGGAGGCACCGCCGGUUGCAUUGUAGCCGCGCGACUUGCCGAAGCCGAUCCGAAUCUCUCAGUCUUGGUCGUUGAAGCGGGGCCUGACGGUGCCGGCAAUCCCGCGGUCGACUAUCCCGCUUUCUUCCUAAGCAAUCUCACGCCGAGUGCCACAACUACUGCAUUCUACAAAAGCCAACCAUCGGAGAAUCUAGGUGGUCGUGAGAUUGUUAUUCCCACUGGCGCCGUACUCGGCGGUGGCUCAUCCAUCAACAUGAUGAUGUACAGCCGAGCCCAACGCGAUGAUUGGGAUUCUUGGAAAAUUCCAGGCUGGACCGCCGAUGAGAUGUUGCCAUAUCUCAAGAAGUCGGAGACGUAUCAUGGACCUGGCUCAAUGGAUCGACACGGUUCCAAUGGUCCGAUCCAUGUAUCUAGUGGCACCUUUAUCGGGAAGAGAUGUCAAGAUGACUUCAUUUCUGCCAUGAAUAAAGUCGGGUGGCCCGAGAAAGAAGACCUUGGAAGUAUGGAUACCUGCAAUGGGGUUCAGCGCGCGGUCAGGUUCAUUUCUCCUGAUGGCAAGCGCCAGGACACAGCUUCCAGGUACCUAAAACCCCUGCUCCAAGAUGGUGUACGCCCUGGUCUUCAUGUACUUGUUGAAUCCCAAGUCGUGCACGUUCUAUUCCAAGGGAAGAAAGCAAGCGGUAUAGUGUACCAGCCAAAAGCCGAAGGCGCCGCCGACCGCACCGUGAAUGCGAGAAAUAUGGUCAUCGUCUCGGCUGGCGCCUUUGGCACACCAGCCAUAUUAGAGAGAUCCGGUAUCGGUAAGCCCAACAUCAUUCGCCGUGCAGGUAUCGCAGAAGUCGUUGCGGAUGUCCCUGGAGUGGGCCAUCAGUACGAUGAUCAUCACCUGCUCCUAUAUCCUUACAAAUCAAACCUUAACCCUGAUGAAACUAUCGACGGGAUCCUAAACGGCAGCCUAAAUCCUACGGAGUUGAUUCAGAAUGACGCCAAAAUCUUGGGCUGGAAUGCACAGGAUGUAACCUGUAAGCUCCGUCCCACGGACAAGGACGUCGAAUCGCUGGGUCCUGUCUUCAAGGAAGUCUGGAACGAAGAAUUUAAAGACAGCCCUAACAAACCACUGAUGAUGAUGGCGUUGGUUAAUUGUUUCCCUGGCGAACCUAUCGGCAUCCCACCAGGGCAAUACUUUGGCAUCUCGACGUUUACCACGUACCCGUUCUCGCGAGGACAUGUCCACAUAACGGGCCCGAGGCCGACAGAUUCUCUCGAUUUCGACACAGGUUUCUUUGCGGACAAAAAGGGAAUUGACCUUAAGAAACACCGCUGGGCCUACAAGAAGCAACGAGAAGUUGCCCGGCGGAUGUCUUUAUUCCGCGGCGAACUAUCAAGCGGUCAUCCACCGUUCCCCGCAAGUUCCAAAGCCGCGUGUAUCGCGCCAGACGGUCCGCUUGUGGAGGUGCAAGAUAUCGAGUACUCGGCAGAAGACGACUCCAUCAUUGACGAAUGGGCGCGCGAUCACGUCAGCUCGGCUUGGCACUCCCUAGGCACAUGCAAGAUGGCACCGCGCGACGAAUACGGCGUCGUAGACCAAUGUCUAAGUGUUUACGGUGUCGAAGGGCUGAAGAUUGCAGAUUUGAGCAUUAUACCGAAGACAGUGGCUGCGAAUACAAACAAUACCGCUCUGGCUGUCGGCGAAAAGGCUGCUUCUAUUUUUAUCCAGGAGCUCGGCCUUGGUCGUCAGUAAUUGACGGCGCAGUGUAAACUUGACAAUAGUGAACUUGAAGAAAGGAGUGGAGGUUUUAUCUUCCCUCAUUUUCCACAUUUCCUCAGCCUUGAUCUCGUAUCUUAACAUUGGAUUUUAGUAGACAUGAUAAAGCAACACCAAUAGUGUCACCUACCUAGGUAGGUAAUAGGUAGUCGUGGGAAAGUGGUGUGCGACACUGCCGUUCCCAACACUACCACAAUGAAAUUUCCAACAGCGAAACCGUCAGCCAUCCUAAGCACAUGUGGAUAUCUGUCUCGG